AUGGAAGCGUCCAAAAUACCGUCAUGGUUCCUGCAGGUGGAUACCACCCUCGAGGGGUGGCAAACCAAGAUAGGGGCGGCAGAGAGGCUAAUGAUAGGGGACGUACAGAACGAGUCUGUCAUCUGGCGCGAAGGCGUGUGGGCAAUGGAGACCCCCGCCAUUGUCGACGCGUUCAGCAACGCCGGCCACCUUCAGGAAGCGCUGAAGAGGCACUACAAUAUUCACCCCGACCGACCCUCAUCAUGUAAAAUCGGAGCGUUGGACUUCAUCAAUGACUACAAGUUUCUGCUCCCGGCGGAGGAGAUUGCGCGGCUGUCCAGGGCAACAGGCAGACCGACGUACCGUUACCUCGUCGACGAGCCGAAUCCCUGGCAACCGUCCAACGGCGCCCACCACGCGGUCGACUUACUUUUUCUCUUUGGUGGGUUCGGUCUCUCUUGUUCUUCUUCUUCUUCUUUUUUUCCCAACGCACACAAGACCGGAGAGCAUAUGCGCAGGGCCUUGGUAGCGUUUCUCCAUUCCCAGGAGCCGUGGAAUCCUGGGCGCCAUGCCGCUUUUGGGCCUUACGGGAUGUUCCAGGAGCUUGAUAGCGUCGGCGUGGGAUGUCGAAGACGGAUGGCGGCAAUAGAGUUCUUGCAGGGUGUCUCGUCUCAGGUCCUGGACAAGGUGUUUUUCGCUUUAGCUGUCGGCAGAAUUAGUUUGUCCAACUGA